AUGUUAAUGACUGAACAUUCUACAGGAAAUUCCUUUAGUUAUCAACCACAUGGUGAAGAAGUCCUCCGACGCAUUUCAAAUAGUGUUCGAAGUUCUGUAAUAGUUGACACUGUAGCUCAAGCUGCUUUUAAUGAAAAAAAGUGGGUUUGGGUUGAAGAUAAGAAUGCGGGAUAUGUCGCUGGUCACAUAACUAAAGAAAUGGGAGAACAAGUUGAAGUUCGUUUGAAUGAUGAUUCGACUCGCGUAGUUUGUAUAAGCGAAACAGCAAAAAUGAAUCCACCCAAAUUUGACAAGGCGGAAGAUAUGGCCGAUUUAACACAUUUGAAUGAAGCAUCCGUGACGUAUUCCGGACUUUUUUUGGUUGCAGUCAAUCCUUAUAAGAAAUUACCGAUCUAUACGGAUGAAAUCAUUCGAUCUUACAAAAAUAAACGGCGACAUGAAAUGCCUCCUCAUAUAUAUGCUAUUGUUGACGCAGCUUACCAUGAUAUGUUGGUAGAACCUGGUAAAACUGAAAAUACAAAGAAGGUAAUUCAAUAUAUAGCAACAAUUGCCAGUGAUAGUUCCAAGAAGAAAAAUUCGGGUAAACUUGAGCAACAAAUCCUUCAAGCAAAUCCUAUACUUGAAUCAUUUGGUAAUGCUCAAACUAUUCGUAACAAUAAUUCUUCUCGCUUUAUCGCUGGAGCAAAUAUUGAAAGAUAUUUGUUAGAAAAAUCUCGCGUCACAUAUCAAACUCCAGGCGAACGUAAUUUUCACAUCUUUUAUCAAUUACUGAAAGGUGCUUCUCCUCAAAUAAAAAAAGUUAUUGACGGUGUAGAUGAUGCUAUAGAAUUUCAAAACCUUGAAGCCAUGAAUAUUGUUGGAAUUUCACAAGAGGAACAAAUGGAUCUGUUCAAUGUAGUUGCUGCUGUAUUACUUCUUGGAAAUAUUGAUGUCGCUUCGAAUAGAGAUGAUCAAGCACAAAUUUUGGAAACAUCUGUUGUUGAAAAAGUUUGUCAUGUAUUAGGCAUUCCAGUGGGAGCUUUUAUUAAAGGAUUGCUCAAACCUCAGGUUAAAGCUGGUCGUGAAUGGGUUACACAGGCCCGUACUAAAGAACAAGUUUUAUACUCGAUUGAAGCUCUUUCCAAGUCGUUAUAUGAACGAAGUUUUGGUGUAUUGGUCAAUAGAAUAAACAAGGCUGUUGAUAGUCCCGCAAGAAAAUCAAAUUUUAUUGGUGUGCUUGAUAUUGCAGGAUUUGAAAUUUUCGAGACAAAUAGUUUUGAACAAUUAUGCAUCAAUUAUACCAAUGAGAAACUUCAACAAUUUUUUAAUCAUCAUAUGUUUGUUUUGGAGCAAGAAGAGUAUAAACAAGAAAACAUAGAAUGGAAAUUUAUUGAUUUUGGAUUAGACCUACAACCAACAAUUGAUCUGAUCGAUAAAGCGAAUCCUGUAGGUAUUUUAUCUUGUCUUGACGAAGAGUGUGUGAUGCCAAAAGCUACAGAAAAAACUUUUGUAGAGAAAUUACAUAGUCUCUGGAAAGAUAAGUCAUCAAAAUAUCAAAUCCCUCGUUUUCAACAAGGAUUCAUUCUUCAACAUUAUGCUGGAAAAGUCGAAUAUAGAACAGAAGGAUGGCUUAAUAAGAAUAAGGAUCCUCUUAAUGAGAAUAUCACUCGUCUUUUAGCCUAUUCUUCAGAUAAAUACAUCACUUCACUCUUUUCUGAUUACCUUGAGGAUUUUAUUGAUGAAAACAAAAAGAAUCGUGUUAAACGUGGUGCAUUUAGAACAGUUGGUCAUCGUCAUAAAGAACAAUUACAUUCUUUAAUGCAAAAAUUAUAUUCCACACAUCCUCAUUUUGUACGAUGCAUUCUACCUAACAAUGGAAAAAAAUCUGGUAAAAUGGAUGUGCCUCUUGUUCUUGAUCAAUUAAGAUGUAAUGGUGUCCUUGAAGGAAUCCGAAUUUGUCGUGCUGGUUUUCCUAACCGAUUAGGUUUCAUUGAAUUCCGUCAACGUUAUGAAAUUUUAACUCCUGGAAUUAUUCCUGCAGGCUUUAUGGAUGGAAGAGAAGCUGCACAAAGAUUAUUGGAAGCUUUUAAAUUAGAGAGUACUCAAUAUCGAAUCGGGUUAAGUAAAGUUUUCUUCCGUGCUGGUGUGUUGGCAGAAUUGGAAGAAGAACGUGAUACAAAACUUUCACAUGUAUUCUCUAAGUUCCAAGCAUAUUGUAGAAAAUGGCUUGUAAAGAAAGAUCAUAAGAAACUUGAAGAAAAACUUCAAUCAGUACUUGUCAUUCAAAGAAAUGUUCGAUUUUAUAAUAACCUUCGGGCAGAUCCUUGGUGGAAACUUUUUUCCAAAGUCAGACCAAUGUUGAGCAGUGUUCGAUUCGAAGAACAAUUGAGACUUAAAGAUAAUCGCAUACGUGAACUUGAAGGAAAACUUUUACUAGAGACUGAAGAACGAAAAAAACUUGAAUCUGUGAAUAUGAAACUUGAAAUAGAGAAAAUAGCUUCGGAAGAACUUCUUCACAACGAACGUUCUUUAGCUCUUGAAAAAGAAGAAAUGUUAAAACAAACGCGUCAAAGAGAGAUGGAUCUUGAAGAGGAGGUUAGAGAAACGCUUGAAGAACUUGAUGAACUCGAAGGGCAAUGCGAACAACUUUUAAGAUCAAAGAAAACUUAUGAAAUUCAAAUGCAAGAACUUGGCCUUUUAAAUGCACCCGCUCAAUUAUUGGCGCAAAAAGAGGCAGAAGAUCGACAUAAAGAUAUUAUACAACUUGAGCGCGCCAAUAAAAUACUUCAAGCCGAAAUCGAAGAGAUGCGAAAUAGGUUAGAUAACGAAAUUCAUGAAAAACAAAAGGAAGCCGCGAGUCGUCGUAAAGUGGCUGCGGAAUUGCAAGAUGCUCAGCUAAAAUAUGAGACAGAAACAAUCAAAUAUGCUGAAACAGUAGAAUCGUCAAACACUUACAAAUCAAAAGUGGAAAUGAUGUCAUCUAAACUUGAUGCAGCUGAGCUCUCCAGACUCAAAGCUGAAAAAUCUGAGGGAUUAUUGAAACUCCAAGUUACAGAAUUGGAGCAAUCUUUAGUGGAAGCCUCUAAUGAUAGAAAGAUUGCUCAAGACAAGGCUCGAUAUCUUGAAGAACAAUUAAUGGAAUUAGAGGCAAAGAUGGAUGAUGAUGCUGCUGAAAUUGCAGACUUUAAUUUACUUCGUUCACGUUUAACCGAUGAAUUUAAUGAAGAACGUGAAAGAUACAAAAAAGACAUUGAAGAUAUUCAAUAUUCUCUUGACCAAACAAGAAAGAAGUAUCAAAUUGAAUUAAUAAAGCUCACUGAUGAAUUUGAGACGGAAAGAAGCAGUAUUUCUCGUCUAAGAGAAGAAAACAAGAUUUUGCAGAUGGAAAAUGAAGAAUUAUUGAAUAAAUCGGAAGUCAAUAAUAAUUUAGCUCUGUGGAAACGAGAGAAGGAAAGAUAUGAUAUUCAAAUCGCUGAGUUAACUCAGUUGUAUAAUGAUGCAUUGGUCUCUCACGAUGAACUUCAAUCUCAAGUUAGUGCCUUAUUAUCCGAAAUGAGGACAUUACGUACAGCAUUAGAGGAAGCCGAAUCACAAAAGAUGCUUCUUGAGAAAUUGAAAAGAAAUCUUGAAGAACGUCUUGAUGACAUUGGAGAACAAUAUAGUGAUGCUAGUCAAAAUAAGAAUGCUGCUGAAAGAAACAUUAGCGUUUUAGAUAAAGAAGUUGUGGAGCUUCGACAACUUGUGGAAGAACAACAAGCAGCUAAAGCCAAAUUAAUGACAUCUCCACGAGGAGUAAAACGUCUUGAAUCACGGCUCGAAGAAUUAACUAUCCAACUUGAUAAUGAGACACGAGAAAAAAAUGAAACUUUGCGAAUAUCACGAAAAAACGAUCGAACAAUUCGUGAGUUGCAAUAUCAACUUUCGGAACGUGACAAAGCUAAAACACGUUGUGAAGCAGAAAUUACAGAGCGUGAAGCCAAUGAAUCUCGAGAACGUUCAUUAAGACUUGAAAAAGAAAUUGAAAAGAUGAAAUCACGACUUGAAAGAAGUAAUUCUAUCGCAUCUGUACUUUCAUCUAGUUCAACAAAUCAUUCUAAUUAA